AUGACGAAGAAUACCUCGAUUACGAUUCUUGGAGCUGCUCGUUAUGUUACGGAUUUUGAGGAAAAUACUUGUGAUAUGACAUAUAUUGAAUAUCCUCAGUAUGUGAGAAUUUCCUUGGAUAAUAAACUAGAAGAACAAUAUAAAAGAUAUGGAUUAUAUGCAUAUGGAGAAGGUUUCAUUACAGAAAAACUUAGAAGGAUGUAUUUCUCAGGAAUACCAGUUCUUUUUAUACCAGGCAAUGCAGGAUCUCAUGAGCAAGUAAGAUCUCUGGCUUCUGUGAGUUUAAGGAAAAGUUUAAAAAACAGAACUCCAUUUCAUUUCGACUAUUUCACAGUUUCAUUUGGCAAAGACUAUUCUGCCUUAUAUGGAGGUGUACUAAUGGAUGAAACAUUAUAUGUUUCAUAUUGUAUACAAAAAAUUUUAAGUUUAUACAAGACCAAUGUAGAGAAUAUUAUACUUAUUGGACAUUCAAUGGGAGGUAUUAUAGCUAAAGGUUCUCUAGUAUUAACACCAAAUUUAAACGCUAGUGUUGCAAGUAUUAUUAUUACUUUGGCUGCACCUCAUACACCAGUGUUGGUAUUAGAUAGUACUUUAGCUGCUUAUUAUCGAAAUUUGAAUGAUCACUUGAGUGAAAUAAAAGAAGCAGGCACGAGUGUAGUAUCAAUAGGAGGGGGACCACGAGAUAUACUUGUGGCUCCAACACAAAUUUUAGAUUCUACAGCAGAUAUAAAUGUUAUUUCUACUGCUAUACCUGAUGUUUGGAAAUCCACAGAUCAUCUAUGUAUUCUUUGGUGCAAACAAUUAGUACUUGCCGUUGUGCGGUCAUUAUUUGAUUCGGUCAAUUAUUCUCAAAAACCUCCGAAAAUUUUCUCUGAACCUGAAGAAAGAAUGGAGGCUUUAUCAUAUCAUUUCUUACAGCGUACUUCUGGUAAAAAAUUAUAUACCUAUAAACCAACAAUACAGUUUGAAUCUGGUGGUGAAUGGAUAGAAGAUAUUCGAAGACAUUAUACAUGGACUAGUAAAAAUGUAUCUAAGAUGACAUUUUCCAUUUAUCUUAUGAUUAGACUAAGAGAAGAUCCAGAAUAUUUAACCAUAGACACUAUAAAUUUAGAAUCUAAAGAUUGGUUAUUUGUAUGUUCAGCAUCUUCCAUAGAAAGGCAAUCAAGGGUUUGCACUUGGGGCUGGAAUUUAACAAAUAAGACAAGGAUUUCAGUAGAUCCUUUACACCGUUUAAGAAAAACUGUUGAUUUGAAUCUUGAAGAAAUAAAAUACCCUGGUGUAACACACAUUGUAGUAAGGAUUACUCCAGAUGAUUUAGAAAAUUAUGUGGAAGUAAAUGUUAAUUUAUAUCCUUAUGAUACAAGAGUUAUACCUGUUAGAGGUGGUUUACCUGUCUUAAAAAAUUUAUUUAUGAAGUCCCAAGUGAGAAAGUCUGAUUACGGACAUAUUAGAUAUUAUGCCACUCUUGAAAAUAUAAAUGCUGUAGCAGUUGAACUUAAAGCAUCUGGAUGUACAGAUCCAAAACAUCAUGCAAUUGUUGAAUUAAUAGAACCAUGGAGUGUUGGACUUACACAAAUGCAAUUUUUUACUGUUGUGGAUAAUGGACCGAAAACAUUGAAAGUUCAAACCAAAUAUGAUUCUUCUAACAUUUCCGCGAGCUUAAGAAUAACUUUAGACCCGGCAUGUCUCUAUGAAAUUAAUAUUCGAGAAAGUGGUAUUAUAGAUCAGAUUUCUUGUAUCGUAAGAGAUCGUUGGUAUCUUCUAUAUACAACAAUUAUUAGUUUACUCUUAGUAUUUUUGUCAAUCAGAAUUAAUCCUGGUCAUGAACAAAUUCCAGUGAUAUUGAUUACUAUAUUUUUCUCAUUUUACUAUAACUUAGUAUUGGAAAGUUUAGUUGCUACAGCUAUUCUUUGUGCACUUACUAUCGGCGUAUGUUGUUCUAUUAUAUUUCUCGGAUCAGUAGCACAUAGUAUUGCUGUUAGAUUUUUAGCACGAGCAAUAGCUUUUUCAACAACAUGGUCAGAUUGGCUACUUGGUGGAUUAAAUCAACUACCGUUUAUUACUGCGAUUCUUGUUUUAUCUUUAGUACCAGCAACCUGUGGAGCUUUGGCUAUGAUAAUUUCAGUGUUUCUAUAUUUUUUAAAUUUAACAAGAAUGUAUGAAGAUUAUCUAGAAGACUUAUUAAUGGCUUCGUUACAACAUUUUAAUUUAAUACGACAGUUUAGAAAUUUGGAAAAUGAUCCCGAAGAACACGAAAAUACAAGACAGAGAAUAUUUAAUCAUCUUAUUGUCUUCAUACUCUGGUGUUUUACUGCCAUUCCAGCUAUACCAUCUGUACUUGUUUGGGCAAAAAAUUUCAGUUAUGAUAUGAGACUUUCCACGGAAGAUCCUCUGUUACUUCAAAGCUGGAUAAUUUUAGUAGCAUGUAGCACAUUAGGAUGGGUGCAAGUUCCUACUAAUCACCAGGGAACUCGAUCACAAUUAUUGUCUAGCAUAUUAUAUUUUGUUGGUUGGAUUGUACUUUCAAUGGGAGCAGCAAAUCAUCCAUCUUUUUAUCAAUAUUAUAUACCACCCACUGUAGCUGGAAUUAAUGCUAUCAUUGCAUUAAAUUUCAUCACUUCUUAACAUUCAA